AUGCGAACAGGCGGUUGGUUAAGUAACAAAACAGGAUUUGGUCCCUAUCGACUUCACAGAAAGGGGGUGUUUUUUGUCGGCACGGAACCACACGUUUUGAAGUACCAUUUGUUGCAAGAUAAAAAACCGUCUCAUAAUUAUGGAUUGCAAGGGACAAAUCAUCUUUUACCUGGCAAGGGCAGAGUUGCUGGUAAUUUACCAACAAAAGUGCUGAUGAAGAAAGAUAAGAUUUAUCCGUGGUGCGCGUGUGGUUACAGUGGCAACCAGCCGCUUUGUGAUGGCAACCAUAAUUCUUUUAAUACGCCAGACUUGAAAUUAAAGCCAGUGCGGUAUAUUCCAGACCAGGACAAGGAAGUAUGGUUAUGCAAUUGCAAACAGACGAAAAAUAGACCGUUUUGUGAUGGAUCUCAUAAAGAUUGUGAGAAGAUUGACUCACCAAUACCACUCUUUGAUUAA